CUCCCGACCCUCGCCUCCCCCCGCGCACCCGCCGCUGUCCGCCAUGCAGACGCGCACCAUCCUCUCCCUCACCGGCGCCACGGCGCUCGCCGCCCUCGUCGGCUAUGCGCUCUACUUCGACCACCGCCGCCAGACGGACGCCUCCUUCCGCAAGGCGCUCAAGCGCGAGCGCCGCCGCGCCGCGCGCCAGAACGACGCCGCCGCCGGCGCGCGCGAAAAGGACACGGCGCGCGCCGUCGAGCAGGCCGUGCGCGACGUGCUGGCGCCCGGCGCACUGCCGGCGGGCACCGAGGCACGCGAGGCCUUCUUCAUGCAGUGCGUCAGCGAAGGCGAGACGCUCUUCGCGCAGGGUCCCGAGCACACGUUUGCCGCGGCGGUGGCCUUCUUCAAGGCCCUCAAGGUGUACCCGGCGCCCAUGGAGCUCGUCAUGAUCUACCAGAAGGCCGUGCCGCCGCACGUCUUUGCCCUCAUCAUGGAGAUGAUCGGCGCAGAGGCCAAGAUCGGCGGCGCCAACUCCUCGGACCCGCUGGCUGCGCUCGCUCGCGCCGCGGCUGGUGCACCGACGGCAGGUAGUGCGCAGUCCAACAUCGACGAGAUCGACGACGAUGACGCCACACCGGCGCCUCUUGCGAGCGGCGCGACCGCUGCGGCGUCGCCUGUCUCAGCUCCGACGUCCUCGUCUGCCUCCGGCAACGGCUCCAGCGCCGCCGAUGCCGACGGCUACGCGUACGCCUCGUCGCAGGAGGACGGCCACGGCAGUGCGACGGGCAGCGGCAACGGCAUUGCGUCGGGCUACAGCUCGCAGCCCGAGGGCGGCGCGGCGGGCACCGGCAGCGCCAGCGCCUACUCAAGCCAGGAGUGGGAGAAGGUGUCGACGACGUCGGCUGCCGGCGCCGUUCCCGCGCCUUCUGCCGCGGAGCAGGCGCAGGCGCAGGCUGAGCUCAGCGCCGCAGAGUCCGUGGCCGCCUUCGUCUCGGGAGAGGAGCAGACACCUGGCAGCCCGCUUGCCAGCGACGUCACUGCCACGCCCGCCGCGUCGGCUGCCGCGCCGCCGGCCGACAUCGCCGCCGUGCCGAGUGCGCAGGAGCAGAGCGCCGCGGCCGCCGAGGCGGCGCUGGCCGAGGCCGUGGCGGAGCAGGCAUCGCACUCCGCCUGAGCACUCCUUCAGUCUCUUCACGCUCGAUAGCCUCCUCCGACUUGGGCCUGCGCAGACCUCUGCUUGGCUCGUCGCGCCGCGGGCCCUGCCUCACCCUAGACGUCUCGCCAUCUCUGUUGCAUGUACAGCACCCUCAUCUCGACUCGCUCGGGCCGUGCUCACCCAGCCGCGCCGUGGGCAUGACACAAAACACACACACACACCGCGCCGUGCGCGCAUGACCAAUGCAUCCUUGUCCCACGCCACACACCA